AUGGUUCACAAUCCGAAUGAACAGGUCCAUGUGCCCUUCACAGGUACCCCGGCCCCGAUCCCACCCACCAGACUCCGCAUCUUCCGAGCGCGCCGCAACCCCGUUGGCAAUGGCCGGCUCGUUUCAGUCCUGUUCGCCAACUCGACUCUAGACGUUCGUUCCCGGUACUAUCCAACGGCCACCUGUGAACUUGUACCCCACGAGCGUAGAUCGAUUGGACGGACCCUUGGUGUGCAGUACUUCGCCAUCCUCCGUGGUAACAUCAGGAUCAUCGUCGCCGGUCGAGAGCGUUCCGCUGUCACAAAUGAUGUCGUUGUUUGUGGUGGGUUGGAUUUCGAGUUGGUCAAUCGCGGAGUGAUUGUUGUGGAGCUCAUCAUUGUUUUUGAUGAUACCAUGUUCCAGUUUCACCAGCACCCGUGA